AACCUGCGAAGGCAGCAGUCGUCCUGUUCUGCGACCGGUCCACCCGGCUGGGCGAUGUCACUGGCCUCGGCUGUCUGGCGCUCUGUGACCUCGUCGCUGGCGAGGCCACUCGUUCGAGGCGCGCAGCGCGAUAUGGGAACUUACCAGGAUCUGAGGGUACCGGUGCCUUGGGGGCAUAUUGCAGGUCGCGCCAGUGGGCCUGAGGACGGCAGGCCCUUGCUGAUGCUGCACGGCCUGAUGGACAACUGCGGCUCCUUUGAGGGCAUACAGCCUCACCUGCCGUCCGGCUACCGCUGCAUCAGCAUCGACCUGCCAGGUCACGGCCUCUCCAGUCACCUUCCGGCCGGUGUCAUGUACGACUUCUUCAAGGGAGUCACUUACAUCGCGCUGGUGCGCCGCUUCUUCGGCUGGGAGCAAUUCUCCCUCUUGGGUCACAGUCUUGGAGCUGGGAUGGCCCUGCUGUAUGCCUCCUGCUUCCCGCUGGAGGUGCGCUCGCUGGCCGUGCUGGACCCCGUCAUGCUGACAGUUGACGAGUCCAAGCAGCCUGACGUCACCAGGGACUGCGUGCUGGCAUACACAAAGGUGAUGGAAAAACGGCUUCAGACUCCUCCGACAGGAGUGCCCUAUGAAGAGCUUCGGCACCGGGUUAUGUCGCACGCGCUCAUCGCGGAUCCCGCGGCUGCUGACACGCUUCUGGUGCGCGGCUGUCGACGCCUCACCUCCGACACCUCUGGGCUCGGGCGCAUGACCGCUGACCGGGAACAGACAACCCCUGACCCCGCCCGCAGCGCGGCCGCCGCCGACUCCACAGACGGCUCGACCUUUGACCUGCAUGCGGCCGAUAGUGUUGCCCCGCAGCCGGCCGCCGCGGGCGCCGGCGGCGAGCGGCUGGGCCCUGACCUCUACUGCCUGACCUCUGACCCCGUGCACCGCAUCACCUCGCUGCUGCAGUCCUUGUCGGCCCGCCAGUACGCUGCCUACCUCUCCCGGCUGCAGUGUCGCCUUCUGGUGGUCCUGGCCGACGACGGCGACCGCUGGGGGACACCGCAGGACGAGCGCAUCGCUCUGGAAGCCUGCAAGCGUGCGCUGGGGUCGCAGAUGACAACCGUUACUGUGCCCGGUACCCAUCACGUGCAUCUCUGCCACCCGGGCCGGGUGCUGGGGCAUGUGGUGAACUUUCUGGACACGUGGGACGGGAAGGAGUGCGCGGAUGAGGAGCAGGCGGUUGGAAGCGCUGCGCAGUAAAAGACAUCGAGACAGAUGCGCGGCAAGCGACUUGACAAAUUAACAAGUUCGCGGCCAGCGACAUGGAGAUAAGCGCGCGCUAAGGGAAAACAGAGGAAAGUGCGCGUUAAGGGACAAUGGCAACGAGUUCGCGUUAAUAGAUAUGGAGACAUGUUCGCGGCAAGGACAUGCCAAGUGAACAAGCUCGCGGUGAGAGACGCGGAGACAAGUGUGCGGCAAGGGACAAUGGCAACGAGUUCGCGGUAAGAGAUAUGGAGACAUGUUCGCGGCAAGGACAUGACGGGUGAACAAGCUCGCGGUGAGAGACACGGAGACAAGUGUGCGGUAAGAGACAUGGAAACAAGCGCGCGGUGGGAGACGUGGCGAUCCUCCGAAGCGUGAUGAACUGAUAAUGCACGAGGUAGGCUGAGUAUACAUGUGCCAGACCGACAGCACUCAU